CACAGACGACCUCCGUUCCGUCGGAUGUGAGGAAAAUUUUUUGUCUGUAAAAUUAUCGGGUUCUCGUAUUGAGACUCGUAAUUUCGUGGUUUUUCGAGGAGUGAAUUUGUAAUCAUGAAAAGUGUAAGAAUGUGCGAAGUCGGCUAAAAUCAAUAAAAACAGGAAUAAGUCGAAGACAAUCUCGACGACGAGGAUGGCGUGCACGAAUAAUUGCCGUUUCUGAGCGUCGGCAUCGAAUAAGGAUCGUAGAAGGUCACGUCCGUGUGAGAAAGCGAGACAGAGUGAGCAGCAGGGAUGUCGCUGAAGCUUCGAACAAGAUCCGCCCAGCCGGCUUCAAGUGUUCAGCUUCGUCGCUCGAAAUUGACCAAGCUUUAAAACGAAUCUACGAAUAAAAAUAUAUAUAUAUAUAUAUUAUAUUAUAUAUAAAAGAAAAACGAAUCGUUUGACGACACUACGAUUUAAUAAGAAAGAGAAGGGGAGAAACGGGAGAAAAAGAGGAGGAACGUGGAACUGCCUUUUUUUGUAGCAGAAUAGAAAACGUUAAGAGAUAUUUUGGUAAAGAGUAAACGUAAUUAGUGAAAAUAGUAGCCGGCUAGUUGCUGUCUGCGAAAGAGCCACGUUAAAUGAUCGCAUUUAGUGCACAAUUUCCGCUUUGCUCGCGUGCCCCGUGUACCGUGUACCACGUUCUCCGCUCGAAGAAAUCAUCGAGGAUUUUCAAGUAAGAAGCUGGAGAAUCGCGGACGUUCUCCGGUCCCAUUUUAUCCACGAGUAAGCGAGUCGCGGUCAAAGUGAAGUGUCUUGGUCUUAGUGAGAUGGCCUUCAUGAUGAAGAAGAAGAAGUACAAAUUCUCAGUGGAGGUGGACCUCGAGGAGCUCACCGCGGUGCCAUUUGUGAACGCAGUGCUGUUCGCCAAGCUCAGACUCCUCGACGGUGGAUCCUUCGUCGAUCAUUCGACCAGGGAGGAAGUACAAGAGCAUACAGUUAGAUGGAACGCUAAAUUUGAAUUUCUAUGCAAGAUGAGUGCCAAUGCGUCCACUGGUGUUCUUGAUCCUUGCAUUUUAAGGAUAUCCGUGAGAAAGGAAUUGAAAGGAGGCCGGUCCUUCCAAAAGCUUGGCUUCACCGACCUGAACCUCGCCGAAUUCGCAGGAGCUGGACUCUGCAGAACGAGGUAUCUUCUAGAAGGAUACGACGCGAGACAUCGGCAGGAUAAUUCCAUGUUACGCGUUGCCAUUAAAAUGAAUAUGCUCUCAGGAGAUAUUCUAUUUAAAGUACCGUCUCCAUCGUUGAAGCAAACACAACUCGCAGUACCCGGUGUGCCAGGUGUUUCUGGUGUGACGACGGACGAAACUGUGUCUGAGAGGUGUACCAAUCGAGAAGACUUUGUAUCCAGUGGUUCCUUAGCUGGAAGCAUAGCUAGUGCCAGCAGUGGUUUCGGCAGUCUUCCUAAAAAAAGGCCUCCCCUCUUUUCCUCGGAACUUCUUAGUGGAACAGAAUCAUAUGAUCCAAUGACCUUGAGCGAGAUUGUACCAUCGGCUCUUCCAGUGGAAACUUUAGCUGAAGCGCACACAGAGUCGGGACAUUCUCGUAACAGUAGCAACACCAGUCAGUUAAGCAAAGGUUCUGGCUAUGGAUCUUUAAAUUCUCACAGUCAACACAGUAGGCAGAGCAGUAGUGGUGACAGUGGUCACAUUAGGUCACCCUCCUGGCCGGUAUGGGCUCCACGUAUUCCUAAUACCUCCCAAAAUUCUUCGACCCAACAACAGCCCGUAAAACCUGAGACUUCUCUCAAUAUCGAGUCCCCGACUUCGUCUUCCAUCCUGCGAAAUCCACGAAAUCGGUUCUGGUCUACUUCCAGCCCUGUUUCGUCAUGUGAAGAAAAAUCAGUGAGAAGUUCUUUGAGGUCUAGUAUAGCGGUUGUUCCACUAUCUAACGAUCAGAAUGAAACAAAUGAAAACGGAAUCGUUUCAAACGACACGUGUCGCGUUAACGAGGACGUUGAAAACGAGAUCGACGUGUUCAAGAUACCUGCACCGCAAGACGUAACGCGAACGCGACAAUUGCGAAAGAAUUAUGAUAGACAUAGUUUUGAUUCGUCGAAUGAGCGUAACGUAGCGAAUUCGUCGAUGAAAAAUCGGAAUGGACAACAGAACAGCAUAGUCGCGCCGAUCGCGAAACCGAGAAUCGGUCACCCAAGUUGGAGAAAUAUUUCGAAAACCUGUGAUUGCAUCGAGAAAGGAAAUAUGAGCCCGGUUUUGCGAUUGGCCGACCAGGCCAGAGCCGUGUCCUCUCCCGAUCCUCUUCAUAGGCCCGAUAACCCCAGAGCCUCGCUACGUUCCGCGACGACCGCUCAGACCCUCAGAAAUCCCUCCAGUGGUUCGGGUCUCAGCGAAACAGGAUCUCUGGAUCGUGCAAAAGCCGCGCUGGAGCGCAGGAAAAAGGCCGAGGAUGGAACCGGAAAUUCGAUUUUGUGCAGAGUUGAAGUGACUAGGCCAAAUCCGGAUUCCCUGAUCGAUGAGCUGAUCAAAGCAACGAAUUUGGAGCAAACUGAUCUCGAGAGUUCUGAGACAACUGGACUUCAGCUGUUCAUUGCGAAAGAUGGGACGACUGCACUCGGCAGUCACGAGAUCAAAAGUCAGAUGCCCGCGGGUGUGUUCAAGCAGGUGGUAAUGGAAGAGAAUAAUAGGUAACACGAAGCUAUCGGGACAAGAAGACAGUACGCAAGACAAGUCAGCGCCACGUUCUCGUUGGCCCUGGUGCCAGAGCUCGUCUACGAGGCCUACGAGCCCCGGUAGUUACGAGAUCAACGAUGCUGGACGAGGGAAUCGUCGAGAAGACGGUGAACACGGCGACGAAACACGAACGCCAUCUUUCAUCUCUCAAAAAAGAAAAAAAAAAAAAAAAAAAAAAUCCUCCCUAAUCUAAAAUUAUCCCUUUCGGUUGCCUAGCUGUCCUUCCGGCGUUCGGUGCUUCACGCUUCUCGUACAAUGGAUCGUCAUUUACGCUCAAAAUGCUGCUAAAUGUUUCUUUUAUAUAUCUUAUAUAUAUAUAUAUAAAUAUAUAUAUAUAUAUGUAUAUCAUAUAUAUAUCAUAUAUAUAUAUAUAUAUAUAUAUAUAUAUAUCAAAUUAUGAAAAGCAGUCUUCGUUGAAUCGUGACACACGUGCGCAUAUUUUAAAGAGGGGGAACCGUCGAUUUCCAGGAUGAUUCUGUGGCAACGAGAUGCAACAUACGCACCGAAACGCUUCGUUAAGAAAAAAAAAAAAAAAAAAAAAAAAGGAAUUUGUACAGAGCGCUUCGAAAGAGGUGCACAUGACUCAACACGAUAAUAAUAUGUAUUUUGUUCCGCGAAGUCGAGGCACAAUGCAAAAUUAUUUCUUUUUUUCUUUUGUUGUAUUUUCGUCAUUGAGAUUAAAUCAAAGAGUAUAUUGUUUAAAAUAAAUAGCUUUGGAAAGAAAAAAUAUGUAAAACGCGUAUCGAUAUAAAGAAAAAGAAGAAAAACAAGAACAAGAAAAGAAAGAGAUUAGAGGCGUUCAAUGGGUAACCUGUAAUCGUUUCGUGUUAAAUAAUGUUGAACAAUAGUACACCAACGCUUCUUUUUUCUACCUGUGUUCACGGUUCCUUUUUUAUCUACCGUAAAACCGUGCAGUUACUAUAAAGUGGACUGAAUCGUUCGUUCCAAUCGUCGAUCGAACGAUGUUUAAUUAAAUGUAUGAAAGGAAGCGCGAGUCUCGAAUAGACCCGUUACACAUGUUAACGUACAAAAGAAAAUUUUUAAAGAAAUAAGUUUCGAUUAUACAUUGCCUUUUUGCUAUCGUUUAAGAUACAAGCGUUUAAUAUAUUAAUAUAUAUGUGUGUGUGUGUGUGCGUGUAUGUAUAUAUACACUCACAUACAUAUGCAUAUUACAUAAUCAUUAUAUCGUUCAUUUAGUCGUUCAGUUGGUUCUAUUUGAACCGAGCGGAAUUGUCGAAUAUCUCCGUCAGUGUUUCGAUAAUAUAUUUAUUUUUAUUCUGGAAUUUAACUCCACUUUAUAGUAUUUCCGUUGUAAUAUCGGAAUUCUCGCGAUUCUCCUAUAUUUUUAGCCUUUAUGCUGGCAUCUUAUUUUUUUUUUUUUUUUGUUCUUGUAAAAUUAUGAUUGUACUGGGAAGUACAUGAUCGAUGUCUGUGCAUGUGUGUAUGCGUGAAUGGACGCGCGUAUGUGUGUGUGUACAUAUAUAUAUAUAUGAAAGAGAGAGAAAGAGGAGCGUCGUUUUAUUGGAUACAGAAUUCGAAUCGCCGUUUCCUCCCACAAAAGAUAUUCCAUUUUAUUAAAUAUUUUGAAUCGGUGGAACGAGAUUCACCAAGUGCCACAUUAUUUAAUUUUUUCGAGGCUGAAUAUUUUUUCGUAAUAUUCCUAUAAUUAUUAUGAUAUUCUCGUCCCUUGUACCUUUUUCCGAUAAUAAUAAUCUCGUCGAUCCAGAGAUACGAAUAAAUAAAAAAGGAAGAAAAGAAUAAGAAGAAAAAGGAAAAAAAAAAAAGAAAUGAAAACUCGCCUUUGAUUUUUCAGUUUUUCUGGUACAAUUCGGCGACAGCAUUAGUGAUUCGUUGUAUAUAGAGCGAUAGUAAUUGUUACGUAGGUAAAUGGCUGGUGUUGUAUACAUUCGUUCUUUUCCCUAAUUAUUCGAAUUAUCUUGUAACCGCUAAUAUACUUCGAGCGUUGAGCGGACGGCGCUCAAUAAAAAAUUUGUCGUACGCUGUAUGCGAAUGAAAAUGGCAAAAACGAGAUGACGAUAACGUUCUGUAAAUAUAUAGGAGUGCCUGAAAUUACGUUGAGAGUGAAUGAGAUACAGAGAGAGAAAAAAGGGAGAGAAAGAGAAAUGGAGAGUGGCAAAUACUUUUUCCAGCGGUGCAAAAACGAAUGAACGAAGCCGUUGAAAAAGCAAUCACAGAGUGUAAGAGGAAAAAAAAGGAGAAAAAAAGGAAAACAGAAACAUUAUUCUUUACUCCUUGGCGCGUUGCGACCAACCUGAUCGAUUUUGCAAAUUAGAUCAACGAAAUAAAAAGAGAAAAAAAAGAAAAAUAAUUAACGAUGUGUGAAGCUAAUAAUCGUAUGCACAAAAUCAGCUUUUGCUUUAAGGAAAUCUAAUUUUUUUAUUUAUUUAUGAAUUACUAUGACAGCUUUUUAGGAGUUGUUUUAACAAUUUGACGAUUAUCGAUGAUUAUUGGACCGUCUCAAAUGUAUGCGACAAAUUAUCAUUUGGAUCAUGCGAAUGCAAAUCCUGUAUCCUUGAAACAAUAUUUCUGCUUUUUAUUCUCGACUAAUAUAGAUAUCGUAGCAAUCAUCAUUCUUGUGGGAUUGCUUACUUUAUCGUCGUUAUAUAGCGAGAAUUACGGGCUCACGUGUAACAAGUAAAUUGUUCAAGCAGCCAUUUUGAAAAUUGAUGUUUGCCAACACAGUCAUUCGUCGUAUAGAAAAUUAAUUCUUGUCUAGCGUUAACCGUGUGGAUCGAUUAAAUGUUUGAAUAGCAAUA